AACUGUACCAAUCGAUUGAAAAACCAAAAGUGGCACCAUCUGGAACGGCGACCGGAAAAUAAUAUGAAGGUUCGUCACUCGGUAGAACAGCUGCUCCCGUUACUGGUACCUCAAUCUAAGAACGGCUCAGAUCGGAGUGUACAGACAUUCAACAAAGUACAGUAUUGGUCUUUAACAGGAGGCUUAGACGGUAUGGCCAUCCUUCCAAAGAGAUACUCGAGGACGUUAACAAGACACCAUGCACUCGUCUUUUUCCUUACAUUCUUUGCAUUUGUGUUCAUCCAUGCAGCAAGAAAGACAUUCAGUAACGUAAGGACAGCUCUAACUGAAACAUGGACGUUAUUGCCGCUCAAUGAAACCAUCUUUUAUAAUGACACGGUGGAGCCUAACGAGGAUCCAUUCUUGGAUUCUAUCGGUCAAGCAGAGGUGUUUUUCAGUGUCCUUGAUACAGUAUUUCUUGGUUCAUAUGCAGUUGGUUUAUUUGUUAGUGGCUUCAUCGGUGACAGGCUAGAUCUGAGGCUUGUUCUUUCAUUUGGAAUGUGCAGUUCAGCUAUGAUGAUGUUCUUGUUCGGCACAUUAAGUGAAUGGGUAAAGGUUUACAAUCAUUGGUAUUACACAAUAUUCUGGAUCAUGAAUGGACUUCUCCAAGGCACAGGCUGGCCAACACUCAUAGCAGUCAUGGGUAACUGGUUUUCACAGAAAAGUCGCGGUUUGGUAUUUGGUCUGUGGAGUGCGUGUGGGUCUGUCGGCAACAUUGUAGGAGCUUUCUCAGCUUCAUUGGUCUUAACCUAUGGAUAUGAGUUCGCAUUCCUUUUGACGGCCCUAUUAAUGUUCUUCUGGGGUUUGGUGAUUCUACUAUUCUUGAACCCUUCUCCUCGUGAUGCUGGUAAGAGAUAUAUACUGGGUAUGGAAGCUUAA